AUGAACUCCUUUUUCUCUACGCCGGCGGCCGCAGCAGCCAGACGGCUGGCGGCUUCGGCUGCCGAGGCGGCGCGCAACAACGUGCUCAAAUCCCGCGCCGCGCCUCGCGCCUUCCCUUCGCAGCGCCUCGCUGGUGAAACCCCCGUGGGGAGAGCGCACAGUGCGUCGAAAUCUCUGCUCUCCAAGUGCUUCAGAGCAGGCGGCCGCAGUCAGUCAGGGAAGAGUGAGCAGAAGGCGGGAGACGCGGGGCGGGCGGGCUUCCGCGCCGCUGUUGGGGGCGGCGCAGGCUGCAUGCUCGCAGCGUCGCCGAUGAUGUUCACUGAGUACGACAAAACUGCCUCUCCGUCGGGCGAGCUGAUCUUCACGGCAGGCAAUGCUCUCGGCUACUGCACGGAGCGCUUCUUCGAGAACGAGUACGGCCAAAGCGUCUUCAUGUUUGUUCUCGGUCUGGCUUACCUCGCGAUGCUGGGUCACGAAGGGAAGAUCCACGGGGCUGUCUGGCGGAUGAAGCACCUCUUCGCCACCAACUUCCGCACGGUUGGUCAUCCCCGGUACGCGUACGCGCUGCCGAAGAACCCCCUUCUCCAAGAGGCCGCCAAGCCGAAGGCGGCGCCCGCGGAGAACUAA